AUGGAACUUCCAAUAUCAACAAUUGAAAUAAUUAAUCAACAAUUAAAAUAUUAUAAUUCAAUUACACCAAUUGAUUAUGUAAUUGUAUUUACUAAUACAUGGGAUUUAAUUGGAUCUAUUCAAUUGUCAAAUAAUAAACCAUUACCAUUAGAUCAAUGUAUCAAGCUUAAAGAUAGUUUGGUAAGUAGGUUAGGUAGUUCUAUGGUGAGUGAUAAAGUUAUUGAAUUGGAUUAUAAUGAGGAUGACGAUAAUGAGAGUGGGAAUGGAAGUGUUGAAAGGAAGUUGUUGUUGCAUUGUAUGAAUAAAUUUGUAUUCGUUUAUUCGAUUGGGUAA